CGGACAUGGUUCCGCCACUGGGCCUGCUCUUCGGCCUGCUGCUCGCCUCCGCCGACGGUUUGGCCGGGAGCUGCCCGCCGCUCAGGGCGCCACGCUGGGGCUCCGUCCGGGAACGCCUGCUCGAGGACGGCUCGCUGCGGGUGGUCUUCUCGUGCGAGCCGGGCCGCUGGCUCAGCGGCCACAGGGUCCUCGGCUGCAACGUCAGCAGCUGGGACCACCCGACGCCCGCUUGCCUGCCACUCGGCGAACAGCGCCCGCGGAAGCUGCGGCGCCGCCACAGGCAGAACCUCCUGGCCGGAUUGAACGAGAGCUUCGCAGCGAGCCUGGACGCGAGUUGCUACGGCAGGCGGCGGCCGGGCAAGGCGGCCGUCGAGCCAGCCACCGUGGCCAACGCCAAAGUGAGCACGAGCAGCAGGAAAAACCCCUCGCAGCCGUUCAACAAGUACCAGGUGGCGGUCUACCGGUGCGUCGACGGAUACGCCCUGAAGGAUCCCGGACAAGGUCGCCUGUUCUGCAGAGGGGCGAGCUGGCUGGGCGCUCUUCCGCAGUGCGUCGAGCGAGCCGAGCUGCCGAGGCCGCGGGGCGGUGCCGCCGAGCCGGCUGUCCGGCGAUGCCGCGACGGCGGCAGCGCGUGCGAGCAGCUCUGCCUGGACGUCGGGGACGGCGUCGAGUGCUCCUGUUUCGACGGCUAUCGCCUGCGAGGCUCCAAGUGCAUCGAUAUCGACGAAUGCACCGAGGGCAGUUCGAGCUGUUCGCACGUGUGCCGCAACAAUGUGGGCUCUUUUCAAUGCGAUUGCCCUCCAGGAUUUCGACUCGAGGAUGAUAAUAAAUCAUGCGCAGAUAUCGACGAGUGCAGUCCGAACGACGGCCGUGGCUCCUGCGAGGGGCAGUGCAACAAUCUGCCGGGGAGUUACGAGUGUAGCUGUAGCGAUCGACAAGGCUACCGAUUGAAAGUCGAUGACCACGGCUGCGAAGACAUCGACGAAUGCGUCGAGGACAAUUGGGGCUGUUCCCACAGCUGCGUCAACCGUCCGGGUGGCGUUUCUUGCGAGUGCCCUGGCGGAUACCAGUUGGCCGACGAUUCGAAGACUUGCCGAGACGUCGACGAGAGCGCCGCCACCGAGCGGGCCUACAGGGACGCGCCGGAGGACUGCGUCGACUCAGGGGGCUCCUCCUACAAGUGCCUGCCGAGGCCGCCGGAGGCCAACGGGGACGGCGGCGAGGACGAGGAGGACGAGGAGGACGAGGAGGACGAGGAGGACGACGUCGACGACGACGACGACGACGACGACGACGACGACGAGGUCCAUGGGGACGGCGGCGAGGACGACGACGAGGAGGUCCACGGGGACGGCGCCGAGCGGGAGGCCGUCGACGAAGCCUGCGGGCCGGGCUACAGAAGGGCCGGCGACGGGCUGUGCGCAGACGUCGACGAGUGCGCGGCGGACGGCGGGACGAGCCACGGCUGCGCCCACCAGUGCACCAACACGCGCGGCUCGUACCGCUGCGACUGCCCGCGGGGCUUCAUCCUGGGCGACGACGCCCGCAGCUGCGAGGACAUGAACGAGUGCUCGCGCGGCGCUCACGAGUGCUCGCACGGCUGCCUCAACGAGAACGGCACGUACGCGUGCUCGUGCCCGCGGGGCAUGCGGCUCGCGGCGGACCGGCGGCGCUGCCGCGCGGCCGCCUCCUGCGCGGAGCUGGGCUGCUCGCACGCGUGCGCGCGGGCGGCCGGGGCCUACCACUGCGAGUGCCCGCCGGGCUACGCGCUGGCCCGCGACGGCAGCAGCUGCGCGGACGUGGACGAGUGCCUGGAGGGCGCGCACAACUGCAGCGGGGGCUGCGUGAACACGCGCGGCGGCUUCGAGUGCGGGGGGCCCGGGGCCUGCUUCCCGGACAACGGCCGCUGCUCGCAGGUGUGCGCGGGCGCGCCGGGUGGCCGGCGCUGCGGCUGCUUCGCCGGGUUCGCGCUGGCCGCGGACGGGCGCAGCUGCGUCGCCUCGCGGGCGUGCGCACCGGGCCGCGCGGGCUGCUCGCACUUCUGCCGCGUGGACGCGGCGAGCGGCGCCGCCGUCUGCUCGUGCCCGCGCGGCUUCGUCCUGCGCGCGGACGCGCGCGGCUGCGCGGACGUGGACGAGUGCGCGCGGCCCGGGGCCUGCUCGCACGGCUGCGUCAACGAGGAGGGCUCCUACCGGUGCGAGUGCCCGCCGGGCCGCGCGCUGCUGGCCGCCGACGCGAGGACCUGCGUCGAGCUGGGCGGCGGGCGCCGCCGGCGCCGCUGCCGGCCGGGCUUCGGCCUGGGGCGCGACGGGCGCAGCUGCCUCGACGUCGACGAGUGCGCGCGCGCGGGCCCGCCGGUCUGCUCCUCCGAGUGCCUCAACACCGAGGGCUCUUACAGGUGCCUCUGCCCGGAGGGCCACGAGCUGGCCGCCGACCGGCGGAGCUGCGUGGCCGUCGAGCUCGGCGGGUGCGCCGCGGGCCUCGAGCCCGCCGCCGACGGCUCGCGCUGCGUCGACGUGGACGAGUGCGCUCGGGGCGCCCGCUGCGGGCCCGGAUCGUCGUGCGUCAACGCGCCGGGCUCCUACGCCUGCAGCUGCCACUCGGGCUUCCGCGCGGACCCCAGGAACGCGAGCCAGUGCCUGGACCUCGACGAGUGCCUGCAGCGCAACGGGGGCUGCGCCGGCCGCUGCGUCAACACCCCGGGCAGCUUCCGCUGCGCGUGCGCCGACGGCCUGGCGCUGGGCGGCGACGCGAGGAGCUGCCUCCCCGGGAGCGGCCGGUGCCGCGCGCUGCGCGCGCCGGCCUUCGCCGAGGUGCGCUGCGCGGGACAGCCGUCGGCAGCGCCGGACUACCCGGCGGGGGCGCGCUGCCACGUGCGCUGCGCCGGAGGCUUCCGGCUGGAGGGUUCCCGCGCGAGGACGUGCGAGGCCACGGGCCGCUGGGACGGCGGGGAGAGCGCGUGCGUGCCCGACUACUUCCAGCGAGCCGCCGGUGAGCCCCUGGCGCCUCUCCUGCUCUCCGCCCUUCGACGCUGCGCUUGCUCCGCCACGAGCGAGUCGCCGAGGCCGUACGUCGGCUGCCCCAAUAACCAGGACGUCGAGCUUUCUCCGGGGCGAGCUACGGCGCGCGUCGCUAUCCCUCAGCCAAAGACCAACGUCGACUGGUACAGGAACGUCGAGGCAUCGCCGACCUGGGCCAAGCAGCUGAUGGCGGAUCUGCCUGCGGGCACGACCACGAUUACUUUUACCGCGUGGUCGGCCGUCUCCGGCUACAGUGCAGCCUGCCGGAUGCACAUUCGAGUCCGAGACACGGAGAGCCCGCGGCCGCUGCGCUGCCCCGCGUCGUUCGAGGUGAGACUGGACCCCGGCGAGGGCGAGCGGCGGAUCUUCUGGCAGGAGCCACUGUUCAGUGACAACGUGCGCAUCGAGCACACCUACAAAUCUAGGGAGCCGGGCCAGCCGCUGCACCCGGGUGAUCACAACGUGCGCUACAUCGCCUCGGACGGGGCUGGCAACCGAGCCCAGUGCCAAUUCACGAUACACGUGCGAGGAGCCGACGGAGCGCGGCGAGGAACGCCCAGGUCGGUCGAGCUCGAGCCCCAGCGAAGUUACCAGCGGAUGCUGAUCUGCCCCAACAGAGCGCCGCAGGAGGUGCCGUUGUCGCGUCGAUGGCAGAUACCCAGCGGCUGCCACAUGCACUACACGCGCCUCUUCUCGGGUGCCCACGCGCUCCAGCGCCGCAGCGCCAGCGGUGGCGGCAGCCAACGGCAACAUCGGCGGCCACGCACCUCGACCGGGCGCGGACUUAUCCGCCCCACGAUUCCGAGCGAAUUAGAGAAGCGCGCGAGAGGGAUACGCUAGUGGACCGGCCGUUCGAUAGGAAAACCGCUGGGCAGGCAAACGAGGCAGCUCGAUGCCAACGGCAGUUUCAGCUGCAGUUGCAGCGCCCACGAGACCGGGUGUACUACCCACGCAGUGCCAUUCGCCGGGUCAGCCACAGCCGACAGACAAAUGCCAGCCAGCCAACUCGACUAAUACCGACUAGACAGCAUUGCUGUGCGCACGCAGCUCCAAAUGCAUUCGUUUCUCACUCUUCGGCUGAGCACACGACAU